GCGCGGGCAGGGCGCGCAGCCCCGCGAGAGGGACCCGGCGGGGACCCGGGCGCGGGGCGGGCUCUGCUCUAAUACCACUCCCCUGCCCAAUGGGAAGCGCUUCCUACCGAGACCCCCAAGGGUUCCCCCUGCCCAGACAUUGGGCCCGUUCUUGUGUCCCGCUUCCCGAGACGCGAUGGCCGCAGCGUUCGGCGGUUUGGUUUCCUCGCCGAACAAAGGGAGGCAGGCAACUGCCCGUCGCUUUAGGUUUUAAAGAUGAACGGGUAAACUUCUAGAAAGUCGAGCGCGCAGAUCUUCCGCGUGGGACUAACUCGGCGGGCGUUGCACGCACCCGAGGAGGGUAGAUGUGGGCUGUCAGGGAGAAAGCGGGCUAAAAUCUGCUGAGCCGUGGGCAUGAUCUCAGCCCCGGCUGCUCUGCCGCGGGAAGAAACAUAGGCGAAGGAGACUCUGAAACUGCAAAAAGCUCUGGGGAGGAUGGAGAACUCACAGCAACUCAGCAAGCUGGUCGGUUUAAAAGCCAAGCCCAAACUUGGUAUCCCACCAUCUCCCACCCCCAGCCGUUUCCCAGCAGCAGCAGCCGGGCCCAGCAGCCACCUGCUGUCGCAGAUACAGCUUUCUGUAAGCCCUCGCUGCUGGCCCUGGGAAAAUGGAGCCAGCAUCGCUGUGCAACCCCGUUACUGCCCCAUCAGCCUCGAAAAGGGAAAAGCCAGCUACCAGAUUCCCCCCAAACCAGAGGAUGAAAGGAUUCAAGAUGGAGAUGUGGUAGCAAGGCGUCAAGCAACCUUCCUGGAAUGUGUUUCUUCAGGAAGAAAAGAGAUCGCUGCCUUAUUUUAUGGAUGUCACUGAAGUAGACUUUGAGGUUCUUUGGAAGCUCGUCACAAACUUGGCAUGGGAAACCACAGCAACAAUCAUACCUGUUUGACAGAUGAUUCCUUUAAGUACAACUUGUAUGGAGCCGUGUACAGCGUGGUCUUCAUCCUUGGUUUGAUUACUAACUGCGCCUCCCUCUUUGUUUUCUGCUUUCGGAUGAAAAUGCGAAGCGAAACAGCCAUUUUCAUGACAAACCUGGCCGUUUCAGAUUUGCUUUUUGUGUUCACUUUGCCAUUUAAAAUUUUUUAUAAUUUCAACAGGCAUUGGCCUUUCGGAGAUAGCCUGUGCAAGAUUUCUGGUACAGCAUUUCUCACUAACAUCUACGGGAGCAUGCUGUUCCUCACCUGCAUUAGCGUCGACCGUUUCCUGGCUAUCGUCUAUCCCUUCCGAUCUCGCACCAUUAGGACCAGGAGAAAUUCUGCCAUAGUCUGCGCUGGUGUUUGGAUACUGGUCCUCAGCGGUGGAAUUUCAGCGUCAUUGUUCUCCACAACCAACGUUUCCAACACCAGCACAACCUGUUUCGAAGGUUUUUCCAAAAGUAUCUGGAAAACCUAUCUGUCCAAGAUCACUAUAUUUAUUGAAGUGGUAGGAUUCAUAAUUCCUUUGCUACUCAACCUUACAUGCUCCUCUUUAGUUCUCAGGACUCUCCGGAAACCUGCCACCUUGUCUCAGAUCGGGACAAACAAAGAGAAAGUGUUGAAAAUGAUCAUUGUGCACGUGGCCAUUUUUGUCGUGUGCUUUGUGCCUUACAAUUCCAUACUCUUCUUGUACGCGCUUGUGCGGUCCCAAGCGAUAGCAAAUUGCUCCUUGGAGAGGUUUGCGAGGACAAUGUACCCAAUCACAUUGUGCAUCGCAACGAUGAACUGCUGCUUUGACCCGUUCAUCUAUUACUUUACAUCAGAAUCCUUCCAGAAGUCUUUCAACAUAAAACCCCAGAUAAAAAUGGAUUCUUUUUUCAAGACUGAGACACCUCUAACAAAGACCGCACUACCAGCACCGCAGGACGAAAUAACUGACCAGGCUGUUACAAAUGGAGGAGACCCAACAUCUGAAUCGCAUUUUUAGUGGGAUGUUUACACAUGCAGUUAUCCUCCAUUAACUUUCAAUUAAUACCACGUGUGAAAUAGUUGUUCCAGAAUAUGUGGGUUCACCCCUGGUGUUAAUGAAGAAAAGUUGCUGGGGGAUAACUACGUAGGUGACAAAUCCUUAUACUGGGUUGGUGCCUUCAGAUGCAACAGGCGCGCAUGAAAUAUAGAAAUCCCGAUGGAGAUUACAAAUGGGUGACAACGUAUGUACCAACCAAGGAGGGAACAGAACAGCUUCUUUACUCAGAAGAUGCCAACAUUUGGCAUUUUGCCCCCCCAGCAGUUGACAUUGAAUCAGUUGGGAAAUAGAAAAUUUAAUUUUCUUAGCGAUACCUGCCAAUAUUUCAUGCCUCUGGAGAUGCAGCAUCAUGCGUUAACUCAGUAACUUCACACAAUAUGUACAUUUGCUUAAAAAGGCAUAAUAAAAGCUUUUGGAUUUCCUUAUUUCACUGCAAGAGUGUACAUCCUGGUUUUACUAGAUAAAGGUAUGCUGAAUUUAUUGUAUGGAGGUUUUUGAAGUGUAAAUAAUUGUUUUGAAAGCAGGCAAAACAGGUGCUUUGAAGAGAAAAAUAAGAAUAAUUCUUAAUGCAAUUUUGAAAUAAGCUUCAUUUUUUUUUGUCAGAUUAAGCAGUCUUUUUAUUUAUUUGAAAUGCCACCUCUAGGGAAAAGUAAAGAGCUCAUUCCUG